GGCUGCAGCAGGACAGAGAUGCAAACACCGACCCCCACUGCAGCUGGGGAGCGAGCGGAAGGACGAGCGCCCCGUGCUGUGGGCACACCGGCAGCUUUUCUCUCCACAGCUCCUGCUGCCCUUCACCAUGUGCCAGCUGGUGGCCGUGGAGGAGAGGGCCGUGGCGUGCAUUGGCAGGCUGCUCGCCUUCAGCAACACCUGCUCCUUGCCCAAGGUGUGCUCCUGCUUUACAGGAGCUGUGGUGCUCCGGCAUCAGUGCACAGAGAACCAACGCUUCCCUGUGCUGGGGAAGCUGGCCGGGCAGCUGAUCCUGUGCUGCACCUCCACUGAUGAGGGGACCAGAGAUGAGGCGAUGAAGGCUGUCCAUCAGCUUUUCAUUUUCAUCGCCUCUCAAAGAAUGUGGCUGUGGCAGAAGGAUCCCAAGAAGCAACAGCUCCGGGAACGCUGGCAAAUACUGUUCUAUGAACACAUUUCCCAAGAGAACAAUGCCAGCAAAAUCUUCAUGAUGUUUCUGAAAUACCUUCAGUACCCUGAAAGGGUGAGCAUCUUCCUCACAGCCAUUGAGAGCAUGACAGCGCCGAGCCUCCACAGCACCGAGCUGGCUGCCCACAUGGUGGAUGUGCUCGCAGCAGAGGCUCACUUCCCUCCAGGGCAGGUGGGAACCUGCUGCUGCCACAGCUCCAGCCCUCGGGGUGCUGCUGGGGUCUGCAGUGCCCCAAGGCAUGGAGCAGGUGUUCCUGUCCCUCUGCCGCCAUGGGAUGGGAGCAUGGAGAGCUCCUCAGGGACAGGGCCGGGGCUGGGACCCUGCAAACCCAGGAGUAAAAAUGAAGAGGAAAAGGAAAAGUGCUACCGGUACAGGUGUGGGGGUCUGGAUGUGCUGGGGAGGCUGGUGUGA